AUGGGUAGUUUUUCACUAUAUAAGCUCAAAGAUAGCUUUAUGCGUAGACUGUCAGAGCCACUGCUGUCUCUGAUACUGCCGACGGGCCAGUUCCUGUCGACACCCGUAGAAAGACGAAAUUCCAAUGCUGCGAUCUUUUCCGUUGACUCAGUUAACUCCGGCAGUUUGAGUGCGGUCAUGAGACGGGCUGAGCUGGUAGAUCGGAUGCUGAGCCGACUGAGGUCGCGCAGCGUAUCGAAGAAAGAAGCGAAGAAACUUAUACGACAGGAAACAUCAUAUGUCAUUCUCCGAAAACUCAUGCAUAUUCUAGAGGACUCGGGGGUCCACAUGCCGAUAUCCUUGGAUACCACCGUGACUGGAACCUCAGCCUCGUCCUCUCUAAAAGUCCACAUUGCCAACUCCAGCGACUGCGUGUAUUUGCCGGCGGCACGUUCUAAUGUAUCCAUUUUGGAUGAAGGCGAGCCGGAGCCGGACGAGAAUCUGUCUGCCGACCUCCAAGAUACGGAGACAAUUGUACCGGAGGGCGGCUCGGGAGCCAAUUUGCAAGAAAGAAGUAGAGAUUUUGCCUCCUCGAACUAUCUUAUCAGUGAUAUUGAUGCAGAAUCCCUGAUCCCUCAUCUAUUCGCUGUGAUUAUAGAGGUGGAAAAUGAGAACUUGCAGUUGGGCUCCGUACGCGUGGAGCUUCUGUCCCAAGUUGAAACUGAGUGGACUGACCAAGCCAACGGCAGCAUUUUCCCACAGAGAGAGAUCUACAGCAUUGCCUCGCAUACAUGGAAUUUGAACCUUGACGAGGCAGACUACUUCAUCAGCAAUGUCAAUUCGAACGACCGCAGCGAUAAACGUACAACAUCUGAAGACCUAGCUAAGCGCAACGUGUUCUAUCGCUUGAACGAACCGUUGGAUCUUAGAAAUGGCCCAGAGAUUGCCCCAAACUCUGUUGUUCAUGAUCAUAAAGCUGGUCUUUAUCUUUUUUUACUUCCCAUAAUUCUUCCCAGCAACAUACCCGCCACCGUUAGAUCGAUUCAUGGCUCACUUAAACAUCAAUUAUCAAUUGAAACACCAAUUGAAAAUCCUCACCUGUUGCGCAAAGGUGCAGCCAAAGCCACCUACGAAUUGCCAAUGGUGAGAACUCCACCUUCGCUUGCAAAUUCUAUUUCUGAUAAACCCAUUCAUAUCAGCAGAGUGUGGAACGACGCUUUGCAUUACACCAUCACUUUCCCUCGCAAAUAUAUUUCUUUGGGAUCAGAGCAUAUCAUUAAUGUCAAACUUAUUCCGAUGGCGAAAAACGUUGUAUUGAAACGAGUCAAAUUCAAUAUCUUGGAGCGCACAACAUAUUUGUCACUGGACUCUAGAGAAGCCUACGAGUAUGACGGUGAAUCCAAUUGUGUAUCCAAGAUGAGAGGAUUGAAGCCAAAAGAUAGAGUGAUUCCCUUGUGUGAAUUGAGAACCAAGGAGAAGAAACCAAACUAUACAAUUGCGGAACCUUUUAAAUCAGAGGUCAUUAAGUGUAAAGACAACAAUUUACUCAAUGCGUGUUACGAAACAAGUUCCAAAUCUCAAGAUUCGGAUGAAGUCUUCAUUUCUUCACCUGUUGACGUCAAUGUCGCUUUGCCCUUCCUCACUUCCACUGCGGAUAAGGUGCUAUUGACUUCUUCUUCUGAUUUGGAAAGAUCAAGAUCGAUUGAUAUGACUUCACGGAAUAAUUCUGUUUCGAAGGCUGACUUAGACUUGAACCCGGAUGUUAUCUCCUCUCCUGUAAUAGGGUCUUUGGAGACUCAAGUGAUUCAUCAAGGAAGCCCAACUGCUACCUCGAAGAGAAGCAACAUUAAGGUUAAUUCAUCCUCUUUUGCCUCCGCGACGGAUAUCAACAUCAGCGAGGGCUCAACGGUGGCUUCAAAGGCACUUUCUCCCGACUCCAAUUUUAAGCAUAUUCAAAUUAGUCAUCGUUUGCAAGUGGCAUUUAGGGUUUCUAAGCCUGACAUGAAAGACCGUGGUAGGAUUCAUCACUACGAGAUUGUCGUCGAUACCCCUCUUGUUUUGCUCAGUUCAAAAUGCAAUGAAGCGUCGGUGCAGUUGCCACAUUACGAGGCCCAAAGUGCGGCUUUGGAAACAAUGCCAAUGGCAGACAGAGAUGUUAGCUUCCGCAUCCCUCAGUAUAACAACAACGGAGUUUCCAUUCGACAAUUGAGUUUCGAGGACGAAGAGCGUCUUCCUUCAUUUGAAGAGGCCGUGUCAGGCACACCUUCACCACGUCGCAAGCUUUCGGUUUCAUCAGACAACCAAGUUCCCUCUUUCAAUCUUGAUACGUUUAAGGAUCCAGCGCCUGCUUACAACUCAAGGGCACCAUCGUAUAGGGCAAGACCAUCGCUUUCACCAUUGUCCUAUGAUAGAGUAGGUGCAAACGAGCGGGCAAUGCACUCUAGGCAGCAGUCCUCGACUUCCAGCUCUGACCUGUCCAGCUUUGAAUUAUCUGGGAUGAGUCGUGGCGGGACGCUGUCUAGCCUAGAAUCCUUGCUGGAGCAACCUGUGAACAAGGUGAGCAUUGACACCGCUCUUUGUGAGAAUUUCCAAGGAAUGAAUUGCCAUACUUAG